UAGCUAGGGCUGUAACUGUAUAUAUCUAAAAACCUAAGAUUUAGUACGAUCCUAACAGGCUAUUAUUAGUCAGUUUGUCUUGCACACUUGCACGAAUUUGGGAUCAGAAUUUGUUUGGUUUGAUACUCAACGGUUGCGCGUAAGACGACUGAACCCCGGGACUAGGGCUAGGCUAGGCUUCCUACGUUGGAAAAGAGUUUGCCGUGCCGGGUACCUAGGCCAGUUCUAGCCGAGCCUAGGUUGGGUUCUAGACCUUCUUUCUUAGUCGUGCUCGGAGUGGAUGGAUGAGAAGGAGCAAUGGCUCCGUGGAACUUAACUAUUUUGUAAUAGGCCCACUCAUAGCCACCGGGUUUUACAGAAGACUCAAUGUAAACAGCAACCUUUGGAACAUGAUUAAUAAAUGAUCAUCAUGUCGCAUGGUUUGUUGUUGAAGAUGCAUGGCAGGCAAUUAUUCACAACCACAUGGAAAACCGCUCAGGUAACUGCCCUUAAUCAUCACCAUCUUCCACAGAAACAGCCAUCAGUAUACGGAUCACAGUUUGUUGUAUGUACACGGAUGUUUACAUCCGACGACAGUAAAGUCCAGAGGAUUUAUGAUUGCAUAAUUACGAGCAAAAGACAUGGAUUGGCUGAAGGAAUUACACUCGUCGAAUCAUCUCAUCCAACGAAAAGGAAACAAGCUCAAGAAUUGCUUACUGCAGUGCUGGCCAAUUUGAAAGCAAGGGAAAAUAAAAAUUCUGGAAAACCGUCUUCUUUUCGAAUAGGUUUGACUGGCCCUCCAGGUGCUGGUAAAUCAACAUUGAUUGAGUCUUUGGGAAAACAACUGACAGAUGAUGGACACAAGGUGGCGGUGUUAGCGGUUGACCCAUCAUCAUCACUGUCAGGUGGGUCACUGCUUGGUGACAAGACUAGAAUGCAGGAGCUGUCUCGAGAUCCCAAUGCCUUCAUUCGAGCGUCCCCCUCCUCUGGGUCAUUAGGAGGGGUAGCUAGGAACACCAAUGAUGCAGUUGUGUUGUGUGAAGGGGCUGGAUAUGAUAUUAUCAUCAUAGAAACAAUGGGAGUUGGGCAGUCUGAAUAUGCUGUGGCCGAUAUGGUAGACAUGCUUGUCCUCGUAGUGCCCCCUGCCGGUGGGGAUGAACUACAGGGGCUAAAGCGAGGCAUUGUGGAAAUGGCCGAUCUCAUCCUGGUCAACAAAGCCGAUGGAGAACUCUUAAUUCCAGCAAGGAGGAUGAAAGCUGAGUACUCAAGCGCACUCAAGUUGUUGAGGAAGCGCUCAAAAAUAUGGAUUCCAAAGGUCUUAAAGGUGUCAUCAAAAACGAAAGAUGGUCUACCUGAAGCAUGGGAUAAGAUGCUUAAAUACCAAACAGCGAUGACCGAUUCAGGUGAUCUGGUGAGAAAACGACAGCGACAACAGACGGUCUGGAUGUGGAAUCAUAUACGCGAAAACAUAAUGGAGGCAUUUAAGACGAAUCCUGCCGUUGAAAACUCAGUUGGUGUGAUAGAACGGAAGGUGGCUCUUGGUAUACUCACGCCAGGGCACGGUGCUGAUAGUCUUUUGAAAUUAUUCAGAGUAGGGGCACAUAAAAAGUUAUGACGAUGGUUUUGGAUGAAUAUUCGUUUUAGUUUAGAAUUCAUCGGUUGAGUAUUUGAACUUUGAUGUCAGAUGCUAGGAAUGCUUGGUUGUGAGAAUCUUCUAUAACAAAGGAUACCUAGCAUAUGUACAAAUAAUAGUAAAUUAAUGGAAAUAAA